CUUCUUCCCUCCUGCUUUUCCCUCCCGCUUCUCCGGCCGAGGACCAGCCCGGUCCGGUCGUUGGAGGGUCCGGUCCUCGCGGGUCCAGCUCGGUCCUCGCGGGUCCAGCUCGGUCCGGUCCGGUCCAGGCCCGCCGGGGGAGGAGCGGCCGGUGCCCCCGGGGCCGGGAUGCUGUCGCCUCUGUCGCCUGUGUCGCCUCUGUCGCUGCUGUCGCUGCUGUGGUUGCUGGCCUGCCGCCCGGCCGGGGCCGUGGAGGUACCCACGGAUGGGAACGCGGGGCUGCUGGCGGAGCCGCAGGUGGCCAUGUUCUGCGGAAAGCUCAACAUGCACAUGAACGUGCAGAACGGCAAGUGGGAGGCCGACCCGGCCGGCACCAAGACCUGCCUCAGCGCCAAGGAGGGCAUCCUGCAGUACUGCCAGGAGGUGUACCCCGACCUUCAGAUCACCAACGUGGUGGAGGCCAACCAGCCCGUGACCAUCCAGAACUGGUGCAAGAAGGGGCGGCGGCUCUGCAGGAGUCACCCCCACAUCGUCAUCCCCUAUCGCUGCCUGGUGGGCGAAUUUGUCAGUGACGCGCUGCUGGUGCCCGACAAGUGCAAGUUCCUGCAUCAGGAGAGGAUGGACGUGUGCGAGACCCAUCUCCACUGGCACACCGUGGCCAAAGAGACGUGCAGCGAGAAGAGCACCAACCUGCACGACUACGGCAUGCUGCUGCCCUGCGGCAUCGACAAGUUCCGCGGCGUGGAGUUCGUCUGCUGCCCCGCGGCCUCCUCCGCCUCCUCCGUCGCCUCCGCGGCCGCCGCCGGGGACGUGGACUCGGCCGACGCCGAGGAGGACGACUCGGAUGUGUGGUGGGGGGGCGCGGACGCCGACUACGCCGACGGCAGCGACGACAGGGCCGCGGAGGAGCGGCCCGAGGAGGAGCAGGAGGAGGAGCAGGAGGCCGGCACGGACGACGACGACGAGGAGGAAGAGGAGGAGGAGGAGGAGGAGGACGACGACGGGGACGAGGCGGAAGACGGCGGCGAGGAGCGUUUCGAGGAGGCCACGGAAAGGGCCACCAGCAUCGCCACCACCACCACCACCACCACCGAGUCGGUGGAAGAGGUCGUCCGAGUGCCCACCACGGCGGCCAGCACCCCCGACGUCGUGGACAAGUACCUGGAGACCCCCGGGGAGGAGAACGAGCACGCCCACUUCCAGAAGGCCAAGGAGAGGCUGGAGGCCAAACACCGCGAGAGGAUGUCCCAGGUCAUGAGGGAGUGGGAGGAGGCGGAGCAUCAAGCCAAGAACGUCGCCAAGGCCAAGAAGGCGGUCAUCCAGGCGGUGAUUGGGGAGCAGCACUUCCAGGAGAAAGUGGAGUCUCUGGAGCAGGAGGCGGCCAACGAGCGGCAGCAGCUGGUGGAGACGCACAUGGCCCGGGUGGAGGCCAUGCUCAACGACCGCCGCCGCGUCGCCCUGGAGAACUACAUCACCGCCCUGCAGGCCACGCCGCCCCGGCCCCGGCACGUGUUGAACAUGCUGAAGAAGUACGUGAGGGCCGAACAGAAGGAUAGGCAGCACACCCUGAAACACUUCGAGCACGUGCGCAUGGUGGACCCCAAGAAGGCCGCCCAGAUCCAAUCCCAGGUCAUGACGCACCUGCGGGUCAUCUACGAGCGCAUGAACCAGUCGCUGUCGCUGCUGUACAACGUGCCGGCCCUGGCCGACGAGAUCCAGGACCAAGUCGACCAGCUGCUUCAGAAGGAGCAGAACUACUCGGACGACGUCCUGGCCAACGUGAUCAGCGAGCCGCGGGUCAGCUACGGCAACGACGCCCUCAUGCCCUCGCUGACCGAGACCAAGACGGCCGUGGAGCUGCUGCCCCCCGUAGGGGGGGACUUCGGCCUGGACGACCUGCAGCCCUGGCACCCCUUCGGCGUCGACUCGGUGCCCGCCAACACGGAGAACGAAGUGGAGCCCGUGGACGCCCGCCCGGCCGCUGACCGGGGCUUGACCACACGACCAGGCUCCGGGCUGACCAACGUCAAGACGGAGGAGAUCGCCGAGGUCAAGAUGGACGCCGAGUUCAGGCACGAAUCCGGCUACGAGGUGCAUCACCAAAAGCUGGUCUUCUUCGCCGAAGACGUGAGCUCCAACAAAGGCGCCGUCAUCGGCCUCAUGGUGGGCGGCGUUGUCAUAGCGACGGUGAUCGUCAUCACGCUGGUGAUGCUGAAGAAGAAGCAGUACACGUCCAUCCAUCACGGCGUCGUCGAGGUGGACGCCGCCGUCACCCCCGAAGAAAGACACCUCUCCAAGAUGCAGCAGAACGGCUACGAGAACCCCACCUACAAGUUCUUCGAGCAGAUGCAGAACUAGACGCCCCCCACCCCGUCCCCGGCUGCCUCCCCGCCCACCACCCGCCCCGUGCCCCGGCACCCCGGUCCGACCGUCGGACGGCCGGUGACCGUCGCGACCGUGUCUCCGGCCGGGACGCGGGAGCCGACACGCACCGUCCGAUUAUUUACUCGUUGACGCCUCCGACGGCCGUACUGAAUUCCUCGAGUAGACGCCCCGAGCCCGAAUUCAUCAAGAUCAGCGAUGUGUUUUCUCUCCCCCUCUCUCUCGCUCUCUCCCCGCCCCCCCCCCCGACUUCCUUCCUUCCCGCCCCUCCCCGGUCCCCGUUUUGGCCUCGUCCGCUUCAUUAUUCCUGAAUGUUUUUUGUGAAUUGUAAAGAGUUUCGCUGUAUUUAACUAUUGCAUGGACCGAUGCCCCCUCCCCGGCCUCCCUCCCGCUCACGUGGUGCCCGUUGUAUAUUAUCCUUGUGGUUUGUGACAAGAAAAAAGAAUCCCAUCCCAACGGAGUUCCGCCUGACCGGCCGACGGGGGACGGGGGACCGGGUGGGGGGACGCUCCCGGCGUCCGUGGGGUCUUUAGCCGUUCCUCGUUUUCCCGUCGCUCGGCGUUCGAGGGUGAAAUGAUCUCUGGGGAAGAGCGUCCCGUAGGAAUUGUCCGGAGGGGUUUUUGUUGGGAUUUUCCGUUGGUUUCUUUUUGGUUUUUGCCCCCGUCUCUUCUUCCGCCCCACCGCAGUCGCAUCUCACUGUACGGAAAGUUGCUUCUGCUGAGCUGGCGUUUGGUGCUGGACCUCCCCCGGUCGGCGUGGCCGGCCCCCGGGUCUCCAUCCCCGUGGGACGCGCCCGCCCCCCGCCCCCCCCGCCCCCCCGGCUCCCCCGCUAGCCGUGCCCCGGCCGGGGAGGGCGGUCCGGACGGCCGGGGGACCGGGCCUCCCACCGGGAUCUUCCAAAGUUUCGGCCGGAUGAUUGUACAGAGCCGUGGCUUCCUACACUGUGUCCCCCGAGGGAGGACGGGCCCGGGCGGAUGGACGGGGGAGAUCCCUCGGCCGGGGGGACCGGCCCCCCCGUCGGGGCCCGGGCCCGGACGGUGGGAUCCGGGGUCCGAGUCGCGGAACCGGAGACCCGCCCGCCCCCCCCCGGAGUCCGUCUUUGGUUUGUAUAAUAAAAUCGUGCUUUUUCUGUAAAUAAACACAUUCCUGGAAGAGU